AUGUCAACUGGACCGUCAUUAGGAUCCCGUCACCCACCACUUUCUCGCCAAGAAAAGAGAGAAAGACGCCUUGCUGCUAUCAUCGCUAAACAAGUAGCAAAGGCUGUGACUGAUGUCUACGAGAACGUCAGCAAAUCAUCUGAGGAGUUACUACCAAGAUUGCUUUCAGCUUCAAGCAGUUCAAGAUCUCCAGCUGUUGAAGUAUUACCUUUUCAUUGUGAAGAUGGUCAGAGUAUUGUGUAUAACGAUCAUGAUAAUUUGUGUGAUAUUGUUACUGAUCCAACUGUGAAAAUUACAAUGUUCACACAGUGGAUGAAUUGUAAUAAAGUCGAUGAAUUUGCCAGGACAUUGAGGUAUGUUCAGUUUCCAGGAUAUUAUAUAUGGAAUGCUAAAAAUCGCAAAUGGAAUCGAAGAAAGCAUCCGUAUGGAUCAAUUGGGAGGAUACAUUAUGUCCCACCAUCACUUGGUGAUUGUUAUUACCUAAGGAUUUUACUGAAUCAUAUUAAGGGACCAACCUGUUUUGAAGAUAUAAAAACAGUUGAUGGGCAGGUUUUUCAAACAUUUAAAGAUGCAUGUUUUGCACGGGGACUAUUAGAUGAUGAUAAAGAAUAUGUUAAUGCUGUCAAAGAAGCUAGCACAUGGUCAACCGGAGAUUUCUUGAGGACUUUUUUUGUAAUGUUGUUGCUGUCAAAUUCGAUAUCUCGUCCUGGUGUUUUUUGGUCAGAAACGAAGUCCCUGUUAUGUGAAGACAUUCUGUAUCAGCAACGAAAGAUAACUGGUAUUGCAGAUUUGGAUCUUCAACAAGAAGAACUUGAAAAUAUCUGUCUAUCUGAAAUUGAAAAGUUGCUACUUAUCAAUGGAAGUACAGUGAAAAUUUUUGAUGAUAUGCCAAGUGUUCUGGAUAAUUAUGUUUCAUCGUCGAACAAUCGAUUGAUGAUGAAAGAAUUAUCGUAUGACAGACUAGCUCUUCAAAGGGAACAUGAUGGUUAUGUAAAGUGUUUAAUUGCCAAACAGAAAAGGAUAUAUAAAAUUGUUAUGGAAGCGAUUGAAAAAGGUGAUGGAAGUGUGUUUUUUGUAUAUGGUUAUGGUGGAACUGGAAAGACGUUUCUUUGGAAGACAUUCUCAGCUGCAUUACGAUCAAAAGGUGUAGUUGUAUUGAAUGUUGCAUCCAGUGGAAUUGCUUCACUUUUGCUGGAUGGUGGUAGAACUGCUCAUUCAAGGUUUGUAAUUCCAAUCAACAUUAAUGAGAAUUCAAUAUGUUCGAUAGAGCCUAAUACUGAGUUAGGUGAUUUAGUUAAAAGAGCAACAUUGAUUAUUUGGGAUGAAGCACCUAUGACUCACAAGCAUUGUUUCGAGGCUCUUGAUAGAGCAAUGAGAGACACAUCACGUUCCAGUCAACCGAACAUGCACUCCAAGCCGUUUGGGGGAAAGGUCAUUCUAUUUGGUGAUGAUUUUAGACAAAUUCUUCCGGUCAUCCCUAAAGGUACCAGAAUAAUGAUAGUCAAUGCUUCUUUGAAUUCUUUUUAUAUAUGGCGGCACUAUCAAGUACUAAAGCUAACUGAGAAUAUUAGAUUAAGAGUUGGUUGUCAGGAAGCAGAUUUGAAAGAAAUAAAGGAAUUUGGAGAAUGGAUUUUAGAGCUUAGUGAUGGUCUGCUUGGUGAAGAAAAUGAUGGUGAGAUUGAUAUUGAAAUACCACAUGAUUUACUUAUUCAUGAUCAAGUCAAUCCUAUUUCUUCUCUCAUUUCAUUUAUAUAUCCGGACAUGAAUAAGUUUUUGUGGGAUUUAACGUAUUUCCAGCAAAGAGCGAUUCUUGCUCCACCUAAUGAAGUAGUGGAUUCAAUAAAUAAAGAGUUGUUAGAGAGUCUGCCCGGUGAAGAAAAGGUUUAUUUUAGUUCAGAUAGUUUAUGCCAAUCGGAGGAAGAAUCAGAGUUUAAUAUGGCAUUGUUUCCUCCUGAUGUGUUAAACAAUCUUCGUUUAUCUGGUUUACCUAACCAUAAAUUAGUACUGAAACUUGGUGCUCCAGUGAUGUUACUCAGAAACAUUGAUCAGGCAAAUGGAUUGUGUAAUGGUACACGUUUACAAGUCACGAAGCUCGGAAAAGUUGUGAUUGAAGCAAAAAUUAUCACAGGGACUAAUAUAGGUCAUCAUACUUUAUUUCAAGACUGA